GGCUUGCUUGCAUAGCUCCCUAGCUAGCAAUGGCGGCGCUCCCGUUGUUCCUCCGUCCCGUCCUGCUGGCCGCCGCCGCCUGCUUGUCGGUCUCGGUCUCGAUCAUCUCCAACGCCGGCGUGGCGGAGGCGGGCUUCGGCUUCGGCUACCAUGGCGGCGACGACGACUGGAGCAAGAGCCGCGUGGCGUCGAUCGUGACGGAGAAGCUAUACAGCGACAUGUUCAAGCACAAGGACGACACGGCCUGCCCAGCGCACGGCUUCUACAACUACACCUCCUUCCUCCGGGCCGCGGAACGUUUCCCGGCGUUCGGCGGCGACGGCGACGCCGCCACACGGAAGCGCGAGGUGGCGGCGUUCCUGGCGCAGAUCUCGCACGAGACCACCGGCGGGUGGGCGACGGCACCCGACGGUCCCUACGCGUGGGGGCUCUGCUUCAAGGAGGAGAUCAGCCCGGCGAGCAACUACUGCGACAACACCACCACGGAGUGGCCGUGCGUCGCCGGCGAGUCGUACCAUGGCCGGGGACCCAUCCAGCUGUCGUGGAACUUCAACUACGGGCCGGCGGGGCAGGCGCUGGGCUUCGACGGGCUGGGCAACCCGGAGGUGGUCGCCGGUGACCCCGAGGUGGCGUUCAAGACGGCGCUGUGGUUCUGGAUGACCCCGAGGUCGCCCAAGCCGUCGUGCCACGACGUCAUGGUCGGGCGGUACCGGCCGACCGACGCCGAUGUGGCGGCGAACAGGACGGCGGGGUUCGGGCUCACGACUAACAUUAUCAAUGGCGGCAUCGAGUGCGGCAAGACUGGCGUCCCGCAGGUGGACGACCGGAUCGGCUUCUUCCGGAGGUACUGCGAGCUGCUCGGCGGCGUCGAUGUCGGUCCCAACUUGGAUUGUACUCAGCAGCAGCCCUACUCUUCUUGAUUUAGUUGAUCGAUCGAUCACCUUCCUGCUGCUGCUGCUGCUGCCUAUCUUUCAUUUCGACUCGUGUGGUACUACUCGUUGAGUUUAUCUUUCCCAACGUACGUACAAUAAUUAUAUAUGUGAUGGGGUUGCUUACAA